CUGAAAGGUGUAAUCUCAAUGUUAACUUAGGUUUUGUCCAGAAACUCUAUGCCUAAUAUUAUUAUUUAUUAAUGGACACAGAUUUAUAUACAGUGCCAAUUCCUGACACUAGACCUGGCAUUGCAGGGCAAAUGAGCUGUGAUGAAGUUUGCUCACCCGAUAAAUGGCGGAAUCAAGAUCAUUGACCAAAAAUUCAUGGAUAUUAGUAUUGCAAUGCGCAUUGAUCUUAACUGCAACGCAUCACCAAUCUUGUUCAGCGGCUUGUCCACCACCACCAGUCCGAUGCCCCGCUAACUCAGAUAGCUGCUACGUCACAAACUAUCGGGGCGAAUGGGAGGAUCAAAAUGCCUGCAAGGUCUCCAGGGCUUUUUUUCCCAAGACCGAAUCAGAGCUUAUUCAAGCAGUUGCAUACGCAGUGAAGAAGGAGAAAAAAGUAAAAGUUGUAAGCGGAGGCUCCCAUUCCCUCACCGGAUUGGCCUGUCCGGGCGGAGAAGACGGUGUGAUUAUCAGCACUCGGGAUUAUAAUGCUUUAAUCACUGUCGACGAGGAAUCUAUGGCGGUUACGGCUGAUGCCGGCGUUGGGUUCCGAAAACUUGUGAAUACCCUUGCAGAAGAGGGGUUUGCGUUGCCUCAUACGACCGAUUGGGAUGGAGUCUCUGUGGCCGGCGCCAUUAGCACGGCGGCUCAUGGGAGCUGUGUGUUUGGAAAGGGCGGUGGAAUCUAUGAGCAUGUGGUGGGGAUAAAGAUGGUGGUUCCUGCAGCGGCAGAAGAGGGUUACGCAAAACUUAUUCAUUUGAAAGAAAAAGAUGAGGAUCUUAAUGCCGCUAGGGUUUCGCUAGGAGUACUGGGAGCCAUUUCUCAGGUGACGUUUGCGGUGGAGAAGAUGUUUAAGCGGUCUGUUAGGCUGGAGCUGAAAUAUGAUUCGGAUCUGGAGAAAACGUUCGUACCAUUUGCUGAGUCGCAUGAGUUUGGGUCUAUUUAUUGGUUCCCUUCGUUCUCUGGAGUGCUUUACACUAUACAGGACAGAGUAGCUGUCGAUGUCCCAGGAGACGGAAAAUUGUCGCAGACUGAGUUUGGACCGAUGACAGUUGAGAGUUUUUUGCAGUUCAGGUUAGCCGAGGAACUGAGCAGUGCGAAGGUAAAUACAAGUAAUCUCUGCAAAAGAGCCAAGUCGCAGAUCGAGAAAGCAGUUGAGACAGGUAAGGGUUUCCUUAACAAUGGGGAAACCUUCAAAGGAUUCCCUGUGGUGGGUUAUAACCACCGGAUGCAAAGCUCUUCCGGUUGCCAGAUUGAUCUACAGAGCCAGAAGGAUGGUCAGUGUCUGUGGGGGGAAAAGAAGCUGGAAAACGAGGACACUAUAUGCGGGUGGGACACGCAAGUAAAGGGCACUUUCUAUUAUCAUACUUCAAUAGCAAUACCUCUGUCGAGGAUAGCAGAAGCCAUUACAGACAUGAAACAAAUUCGUGAUACAGAUCCAAGUGCCCUGUGUGACCUUGAUACUUAUCUGGGAGUACAACUCCGCUAUUUUAAGAAGUCCACAGCUUAUUUGGCACACAAGGAAGACAGCGCUGUUGUUGAAUUUAUUUACUUCCGUAACAGAGACCUGGGAAUACCACGGUGGAAUGGCCAUGUAAUGGAUGAGAUUGAACAGAUGCUUUUGCAGAAGUAUGAAGGCGUUCCGCACUGGGGGAAGAAUCGGGUGUAUACAUUCGACGGAGCUGCCAAGAGAGCUGUAAAUGUGGGAAAGUUUUUGAAGGUGAAGCAGCAGUUUGAUCCGAAGGGAUAUUUUUCUAGCGAGUGGUCAGAUGAAGUGCUGGGUAUUGGAAAGGGAGUACAAGUAUGGCAAGAUGGAUGUGGUCUGGAUGGGCUGUGCGUGUGUGAAGAGGAUCGUCACUGUGCCCCAGACAAAGGAUACGUGUGCCGACCUGGAAAGUUUUGGAAGGAUGCUCGCGUCUGCAAAGGAAUCCCGACAAUGGAAGAAACUAAAACGGGAAAUUACAGUCUGAGUUGGCCUGACAGUGAUAAUAGUGUUUUCUAUAGUGAAGCGUAGAGGGUCCUGGCUGUACGCUUGCGAAUAAUAUGUAAAAUAAGUAAAAAUGAUUCUCCUUUGUUUGUCUUUGUGGAGACAUAGUUGAUUCCUUGUGGGUUUUUAGGAGAAUUUAUAAUUUAUAAUUUAAAACAAAAUUUGUAGGGCAUAUUAGUAUGGGAAUUGGAGUUCUAAAUGGAUAUAUUUUGGGUCAGCUAUUCAAAAUUUUGAAUACCUUAAAAUGUCUAUUAACUACUCUUUUAAAAAAAAUAUACUUGACAGAAAGUCAUG